CCGAGGGACCCAGAUGGGUCUGCACCCACAGAUUCGGCCCGGCUCGGCUCCCUUCGCUGAUGUCCUCGUACUGCCAGAAUAUUUGUGACGAUGGGAGUGACCAGCCUGUGGCAGAUCCUGGAACCUGUAAAACAACACGUCCCCCUCAGCAGCCUUAAAGGAAAGACCCUGGCUGUUGAUUUAAGUCUAUGGGUGUGUGAAGCACAAACAGUUAAAAAGAUGGUUGGGAUAGUCAGAAAACCUCACCUUAGGAAUCUUUAUUUUCGAGUCUCUCUGUUAACGCUAAUGGGAGUCCAUUUAGUGUUUGUCACGGAGGGAGAGUCCCCAGAGCUGAAAGAAGACACAAUGCGAAAGAGGACAGAAGCUCGCUUUGGCCCAUCCAGCAAACCCAGGAGGGCAAGAACAGGGAGAUCUCGUUUUAAAUCUCUACUGAAAGAGUGCCUCGAAAUGUUGGAGUGCUUAGGGGUCCCUUGGGUUCAGGCAGCGGGUGAAGCAGAAGCCACAUGUGCUUAUCUGAACUUGAAUGGCUAUGUGGAUGCCUGCAUCACCAAUGAUGGUGAUGCCUUCCUCUACGGUGCUCAAACAGUUUACCGGAAUUUUACCAUGAACACAAAGGACCCACACAUUGACUGCUAUUCAAUAUUAGCUAUUGAGAAGACACUGGGCUGCAACAGAGAAUCACUGAUUGGAUUAGCAGUUCUACUCGGUUGUGAUUAUCUUCCUAAGGGAGUUCCUGGAGUUGGAAAAGAACAGGCUUUAAAGUUGAUUAAGACUCUGAGGGGAGAGAGCUUACUGCAAAGAUUUGCACACUGGAAAGACCACUUCCAAGAUGAUGACAUCCCAGCCCUGGCAGCUAACAAGGUGAUUCAUUGCGCUGUGUGUCGUCAUCCAGGAGCUUAUAAAGAUCAUGAGAGCGCUGGGUGCCGUCUUUGUGGCAGCGCAGCAUGCUGUGAACCCCACGAUGCAGAAUUCUGCUGUCCUUGUGACUGGCACUCCUCCGAGCAAGACCGGCGAGUCAGCGCAGUGGAGAAUGGCAUUAAAAAGAAAGCUAAAGCAUGCAAAGGAUUUCCAUUUCCUGAGGUUAUCCAAGAGUACCUAAUCAGCAAAGAUAAACCGAUGAAGUUAAAUGGGUACCGGAGGCCAAAUUUAUUGUCCUUUCAGAAAUUCGCUUUUGAGAAAAUGGACUGGUCCAAGCAUUACGCUUGUGAGAAAUUGUGCGUCCUCCUCACAUACUAUGACAUGAACAGAAGGAAGUCUGGCCAUUUUGACCCACAGCAACUGCAGGCACGACGGAUAAUCAAGACCCGGACUAAAAAUGGCAUUCCUUGCUUUGAAAUUGAGUGGCAAAAGCCAGAUCAUUACACAACAGCAGACGAUCAGCCUGCAGAACCCUUUUUAAUAACAACAGAAGAGGCGUCACUAUUUGAGGCUGCGUAUCCAGAAGUGGUUGCCCAGUACCAUAUGGAGAAGUUGGAAAUAUGCAAGCAAAGGAACAAAGGUAAGAAGAAUAAACCUAAAGAGGGAGAACACUUAGCUGGGGACAGUGAAAUUGCAGAUCUUCUUUCUCGGCUGAACAUGCGAUCCGAUGAGGAAACCUUUCCCAGCAGAGAUCCUAAGCCCCCAUUUACAACUGUUUCUGGUUUUCAAACAGUUCCAGAAAAGGGCUCUAAAUUUCAGGGCCUACCUGUAACUGUACAUUUUCCUACUGCAGUCACACAAAUUCAAAAUCCACCAUCUACCUUGCUCGUGACUACUUUGCAAAAUACAGAGUAUAAUUGCAUUCCUGACGGUUCUCUGAGCUCGCAACCUGAAAACUUGCGUGCCUCUUCCCAAAUUGCCCAUCUGCAGUUGAGCGACAUUGACUGGGAAGGAACAUCCUUCAGCGUUUCUCCAAAGCGGGUUAAUAUUGCUUGUUCGGAAUCUGAGUCAGAUGUGAGUAGUAAUUUUCCAAAUCAACACUCUUCACUGCCCUGCAAAACAGCUGAAAUCAUUACCCCGUCUUUGAAUUCUGUGCGAUAUGAUCCAAAUCUACCAGGGAGUGAGGAGUGCUCUGUCUCCAAAAUUGACCUUCAUAAAGGUCAAAAUGAUUUAUCUUCAGAAGAGCGGGCAAUUCUGAAGCCUUCUGCUUUGGAGGCUUCUCCCAGCGUUUCAGAUAUGUCUCUGUUAAACUCUUUGCAAAUGGUAGAACAAAUCAAUGUUACAGCUAGCCCUGUGGGAAAAGCUCUAUCUCCUUCAGCUCAGCUAAAUGACAGUGCUCAGGAAGUUGAAAGUAUAUUACCAGGAAAAUAUCUGCAGGGACUUGGCUUGCCAAACUUGCUCAAAAAUUAUGAAAAUCCAGCCCGGGCGUCACAUAACCUCACUAGUCCAGGAACUUCAGUGUCUCUGGGCACCGGAACACGAAAACCAACUUGCUUGGGAAACAAGUCACCAAUAUUGUCUCGCAAGUCAACGGAAGUCUUAGAUAGCUGUCGGAUGAGGGGGAAGCCCACUCAUAAAAGCUCGCUGAAGAAGAGCGUGUGCCAAAAGAUUUACUCCAGUGAAGACAGUGAUGGUGAAAAUGUGAAAGGUAGAAAGAAGGGUCACAGAGGCCCUAAGUGGCGAAGGAAGGGUCGUGUGGUUCAGCUGAAGGACAAGUGUGGGGACAAAAGGAGCAGCCAUGAAUUGGUGGCUGAAGUUGUGCCAGGAGAGAAAUCUCUUAAAGGGCCUGCCAUUAAUUUACCCGUGGAAGAGCUUCCUAUUGCAAACAUUCACAAUUCUCUGACACACUCAGAAUCUAAGCUUUGUCGAUCCUUUCUUCCUCUUCAGGCAAGUGAGGCUGCCGCCUGCGCUGAUAGCCCCCUUCCUCUGUCCGAACGGCUGAAACUAAGACUGCAGAGCAGUUAAGGAUCCCUUGGCAUUUUGUUCUUCUGUUCUGGGCAUUUCUUAAAUUCUCAUCUCCUUCCCCCUCCAUAACCUUUGUAAAAGCUCAACCGACAGAUCUAAGUAAAGAGACACAACCUUAAUGAGCCAGGACGCAGGGAGAGAUCCAGAAUGAGCAGAGCUAAAUGCUGGUGUGA